UAUCACCCCACAUAGCAGGUAGCUCAACGAGUCUGUCAGACUCACGCAUCAGUUCUUCAUGGUCGAUUCAUUUCAGGAGUUCAUAUUGUUUCUAGAAACGUUAUUGUAGUAUGUAUAUUCGCGCACGUGUAUUGGGCUAUAGAGAUGUUUACGAUGUAGCCUAACAUACGCUGGUUUCAAGAUAACCUAAUAGCGUUUAUCUAGAACACACACAGAAAUACAGAACGAAACGAGGAAGGAGCCACGCGCUCGGAGGGAGUUGCUUGCUUUAGCAGAACCAACAGUGGAGUCGACCAUGGAGAUGGAAGAGGACAUGACAGUGAACUUAUCGACAGUCGGUAAAAUAACCUUUCUGGACUCUGAGUUCCGUUACACCCUCUUCCCAGUGUUUUACGGUGUUGUGUUCGUCCUUGGUCUGAUAGCCAACAGUUACGUGCUGUUCGUGCUGCAGCGCCUGCGCAACGCCAAGGCCAUGAAUGAGAUCCGCAUCUACAUGGCCAACCUGACUGUUGCCGACCUCCUCUUCGUGUGCGCCCUCCCCUUCUGGAUUGGCUACUACCACCACUGCGGUGACUGGCGCUACGGCGACUUCCUGUGCCGCAUCACCGGCUCGUUCUUCUUCAUCAACACCUACUGCUCCAUCCUCUUCCUCGCCGCCAUCAGCGUCAACCGUUACUGGGCCAUCACGCGCCCGCUGGAUGCCGCCUCGUCUGACCAUUGGCGCCGCGGAGUGGCUGUCACCAUGGUAAUCUGGGUGCUCACUCUGUCCAUGUCCGUGCCGUACCUCUUGGAGACGGGCAUCCAGGUGGACGACGGCAACGUGUCGCGCUGCUUCGAGGGCUACCAUGACAAGACUGACGACGAGAAGCGGACUGUGGCCACCACCCACCUCAUCAUCGUGGGGUGCUUCAUCUUGGUCUUCUUCCUCGUAGUAAUCUGUAACCUGCUCAUCGCCCGUGCCCUGCUCACCCAGUCCCCUACCCAGACUCGGGGCUCCAGUUCAUCCCAGCUCCGGGGGGUGAAGGGCCAGGCCCUGCAGAUGCUGUGUGCCGUGGUGGGGGUGUUUGUGGUGUGCUUCCUCCCCCACCACGUGGUCCAGGGCCCCUGGACUCUGGCUGUACUGGAUAUCAAGGAGGGCUGGGGCAGAAUGGACUGGGGCCAGCGGACCAGGCAGUGGCUUAACGAUGCCCACCAGGUCACCUUGAUGCUGAUGGGGCUCAACUGCCUCCUGGAUCCUGUGGUGUACUGCUUUGCCACCAGGAAGUUCCGCCUGUACAUCAAGGACAAUCUGAAAAAGGUGGGGAGGGGCAAAGGAUGCUCGGAAACAGCCAUCACACACAUUUCUAUGGUGGAGUGCAAGAAUGUGAGCCAGCGGCUCCAUAGCGAACAGCAGCAGCUGAAGGUUUAAAUCUCUAGAUGACAUGGUAUUGUAGAUAUUGUGUCUAAUGCUAAUACUGUUGUUAGUAACCACAUCCUCAGGAUGCUUCAUACCAUCACACCCACACCUAACAAUGAACACAUAGUGCAGAACAUGCACUCUGCUAUGUAGCCUCAUGUUCAUUCAGACACAUCACAUGAACAGAUGCACCACCACACAGCCCCACCCAGAGUAUGGUUCCCCUCUAGAUUUCCUUCCUGUAGGGAUUUGUCCUGGCCACUGUGCCAGCUAUAAUCAGUGCUUUAAAGAAUCUUUGGACCAUUGAUUCUUUGUUUUCACAUUUCAGAUGUACUGUACAUUGUAUCUCACACUUUGUUAUUGUGACUUCAAUUUAAUCACGUUUCUUCCUGUUCUUCUAGUGUAAUCAGAGAAGAGAAGCAGACGUUGUAUAGGGAACAGGAGCUUCUAUAAAAGAUUGCAAAAUAGCUCUACAAACUCAGUCCCAAACCACAAGACUAGAUCCUUAGAUAAAAUGGAUAUCAAAUUACAUUUUAAAUAUCACAUGCACAGAAUGCAACAGGUGUAGGUAGACCUUACAGUGAAUUGCUUACUUACAAGCCCUUAACCAACAAUAGUCCUACCAUUGUUGGAGCCUUCUAAAUUGGGUGCUGAACAAUAGCAAUUCAUUAAAAAAAAAUCCUCAUUCUUGAGCACCUAAUAUGGACAUAUAUUCACACAUAAAAAUGAGGUUUUCAGGAUGCUGGCUGUCCGUCAAGUUCAUGCAUGUUGUGAUAAACUAAGCUUUGUAUUGAACUGAAACUGUAAUUGUGAAACUAAGAAUUGCAUUGCAACAGAUGUCAGUUCAACGUCUAGUAUUGAUUAACAUUUGGUUGAGUUGUCUUCUAAAUUGGGUGCUGAACAAUAGCUGGUCGUGAGCAAGGAAUAAAAAGAAUCCUUGUUCUUGAGCACCUAAUAUGGACACAUAUUAAUAACAAUGAGCGUUUUAGGAUGCUGGCUCUCCAUAAAGUUCAUGCAUUUUGUGAAAAGCUAACCUUUGUAAUGAAAUGAAACUGUAAUUGCUAAAUGAGCUAUGCAGGAUUGCGUUGAUUUUAGCCUACAGAUUAUUUUAGCCUACUCUCACAUGUGGUACGAUGUGAAAUUGUAUACAUUUUGCAAUUUUUGUUAGAUUGCAAAUUAAAUACUGUGAGGCAAAAAGUACUUUCGGUCACACUUUUAUUUGGACAGUCUGGAUAACCCAUCUAGAGAUUCUGUACAUACUAUGAAUAAACUAUCUGUUGAUAAGAAAUUUCUUGCUAAGGUUACGCUUAUGGUUAGAAUAAGUGUUAGCUUAAGGGUUAAGGUUAGGAUAAGGGUUAUGUUUAAGAUUAGGGUUAAGUGCUAGUGGAUAGUUGAAAUGUUAGUGAUAUUAUUGUUACAGCUACUUAUUGCACAGAAUGAGGGAAUAAUACACUUCACUGCCCUUUUUAAGAAGCUGGUAACCAUGUGAUGAACUUGAUGACUUCUCAACCGCCAGCUACUGAAGUAUUAACAGAGACGUGAGGGUUAUGAAGUUAAUAGACCUCUGGUAUAAAUGUUGCAGUAACUGUAACUCUGUGUGUGUGAUGCAUUUAAAACAUAUUGUGUAAUACGCUGUACUGCAUUCUCAAUGUAAAUAUGAUUUAACAGAUACAUUACAGUUCAAAAGUUUGGGGUCACUUAGAAAUGUCCUUGUUUUUGAAAGAAAAGCUCAUUUUUAAUCCAUUAAAAUA